UACGUACUGUACUUGUACUUCGUCAGUACUUAUACUUGUUAAUACAAUAAGUAUUAUACAGGUACAAGUUACAACGGAAGCUGGAAAUGCUGUUUUUUUCUGGAACUGGUGGUUUUGAUUCUGUAUAACCUACAAUGACAACAAUGCCAGUUACUGAAGGCGGAGAAGAAGAUGACACGAUCGAUGUCCUCCAGGACUUAUUGGAUACUGUGCGACUGUACGAAGAACUGGAAAGACAAAAGAGCAGCAGUGCUGCUGAGUGGUCAAGCCAAGAGGAAAUUCGAGAGCAGAUAACGGAAGAUCCAGACGAGGAUUACGAUACCCGGAAAACAAUUCCGCCAUGCUCACACAAAACGCUUCCAACGUUGCAAGCAGACCUCCAAAUCGAAGCAGGUGUAAAAAAUCUGAAUGUACCGGAAUGGGUGAUUUCCUGGAGUUCGCAGGAGUCAGACAGCAGCUCUACCGCUCAGGAAACAAAUCGUAUAGUGGAUUUCACUGUGGAAAGUUAUCAUGGACUGACGAAUUCCUUGUUGGAUAAGUUUGGGUCGGUUCGGUAUUCUUCAGGUGUGACUUAUCAAGGUCAGUUUAGUAACAGAAAACUCCCGCACGGAAUCGGACGGUUGCUUCUCUCCGAUGGUGCAAUUUUUGAUGGUGAAAUUGUGGAUGGGCAGAUUGGCUCCCGGGGUAUCUACACGUGGCCGGAUGGAUCCGUUUACGAAGGCGCUUUACAAGAUGGACUGCGUAACGGCUACGGACGAUUUCUGCAUAGGCCCAGCAAAAAUUUCUACGCCGGUGAAUGGCUAUCCUCCAAGAUGCACGGAUUCGGCAAAAUGGUUUACGCAGGAGAUAGUACGAACGUGUACCGAGGUUACUGGCAUCAAGACUUACCAUGGGGUGACGGUAUUCGCCAAUGGCCAUGUGGCAACACGUACAACGGCCAAUGGGCGCAGGGACUUCCUAGCGGACGCGGCGAGCAGCUGUGGCGGAAAGAAAUGAUGUUGUACCGAGGAGAGUUUCGCUGCGGGAAACCGGACGGUUAUGGUGUGAUAGUAUGGCUUGCGAAACAGCCGCCGGAAUCGUUUUCGCAGCGGUAUUAUUAUGGCUAUUUUGUAAGUGGCUGCAUUAAUGGUUACGGCACUUUGAACGAGCAGGAUGCCACUCGCUAUGAAGGGACUUGGAAGCAUGGCAAGAAAAACGGCAAGUUUACGGUCGCCCUGCCCAACGGUAUAACGCUUCGAUGUCGCUUCUCCAAUGAUGCCAUCGACAAUCCGAUGCCACGGUUUCUUUUCAAAGAAGUGAGUAAUGAGCAAUAUGCCUGGGCGCUUCCCGGUCCAACUGUCCAGCAACUGCAGUUGCCUGCUUUUAUCCACAACAAUAACCGCUGCGCACUGGUUCUACCAGGAACCUUGAGGUGCCUGACAAAAAACGGAUUCGCCGCCGAUAUUAUCACUGCCGAAAUGAAAGGACUCGGGACAAUCAUCGUAAAGUACUGGCCGCAAAUCAAGCGCGUAAUGACUGUCUACAGCAAACUCACAGCGGAGUGGGCUUGCCAGGAAAAUUACACUCUUCGUGUCAUUCAGUACUGGCAGCUGGUCCUGGAUGUCGGGGUGGAGAAGACCAACACAGAUUGUCCCGCCCAACAAGGACUGUUCACGCUGAUCGAAGAAAUUGAGAAGAGCUUUCCGCGAGUUAAGCGAUUCGGAGUGUUGUCCCAUCCGUGUGUUCCAAUUACGGAGACUGAAAUCAUUGACCGGAUCGUGGUACUGGCAUAUAUAGUCGAGCGCGAAAAGAAGUUCUUAACGCAUCUCCGAUCGAAAGCUUCCAAGAAAUUACUGAAUACGGUUAGCGACGAACACAUCGAGCUAAAUCACAAUUCAAAGCCAGAAAAUCCAGUUAAAAGAGCAUGGUUAAUCCCCGGGGAACCACUGAAGAAUUUUAUGGAACGUCGGUUACUGAAAAAAGCGGGACUGUUCAAGGGAACGCUGUUCGAUGACCCGGCGAAGAGCGCUGUGUUGUUUCGAUAUGUGGCAGACCUUUUCCAUUUGUACAAAUAUAUUUAUGAAUUCUACGGUGGCCAGGAUAAAGAGAUGCCCAGUGCACUGACAUUGCGAUUGGUGCUUGAGGGUUUGCAGCAUGCGCAUAUCCUGGGACUUCCCGGUUUGUCAUCAACAGACGUUCUUAAGAUUUUUCAGUCAGGAUAUCCAGAACUGCGAGGGAAUACCGGAAGUAUCGCCCUUGAAAUACCUCUGACCUUCAUCGAGUUUAUGCAACUGCUGGUUAGUUUGGCGAUCAGUUAUAAUGGGCCGCUUCAAAAACAGCCAGAAGCGGUUAGUUUGUUGGUUGGGCGGGAUCGUAGCGGUGUUUAUGGGAAGAUCGCAGAAGCCGUUGACAGUUUACUUACCAAGGAAAAGCGGCCGCAAUUGGGGAAAGACGAUGGCUUUGUUCGGCGGAAUUUUGAUGUGGCGUUUUUCAAAAUCUUGCGACAAGGCGCUGACAACGCGGAACUUUUGUCGCCGAUAUCUAACGAGAAGUUGAGACAGUGCCAGCUGAUAUCGACCUGGGAGAACUGCACCCGAUUGCUGAUUGACCAAUGA